CUGAUUUUCUCCAGAAGGAAAUUCUUUUUCAAAAGACUCCAGUCUCCAGUUUCUGCGCCAAUUUCUGCCUUUUCAAUCAACAAACGCGAGUCCAAUGAUCUUGAGGACCUCGAGGGUGUCAUAAGCCUGUCCCACUUGGGGAACACGAUGUUUGGAACUCCGAGUAAUAAAACUGGAAGCAGAGUCGCAGAAUGGAACCAGGAAGCUGGAGUCAAUCCAGAGGAACUUGGAGAAUAUGCUGAAGGGGAUAUUCUUAUCCCCAGGACAGCUUCUGGGAGAAGUGGACUGGCAAACAGCGCCGCCAGAUGGCCAGAUGCGACAAUUCCACUCACCGCCGGUAAUACCGGCUGCUGGUCCAGUGUGGGUCGCCUUGGCGGCCGUCAGGAUGUUAAUCUCCAGGUUCCAGGGUGUGUGGUGAAAAAGGGGACUGUUAUUCAUGAACUGAUGCAUGCUGUUGGGUUCAUUCACGAGCAGACGAGCACGAUAAAUUUUGUGAAAGUGGGAAAAGAUACUACAGAUCAUUUCGGAGUUAAGUACGACUUUGGCAGUGUGAUGCAUUAUUCCAAAAAUGCUUUCUCAGCUAAUGGACAAGCGACAAUUAUUCCUAAAGAAACAAACGGUGGAUUUUUCGGAGCAUUCGACGAUUUAUUCGGUGGAACAAAGCCUUCGCUAGGUCAAAGAGAGGGCUUUAGUAAACAAGACAUCAGAAAAAUACGGAAAAUGUACAACUGCGACGGGCCAAGAAGGCGGAAUGCAAGGUCUCGCCCCCAGGUUAGUCUUUUCGAUUUCUUCUGG